AUGGCGGACGAGAGUAAAGACGACGUGGAAAAAUCAAUGGUACAAAACCAGACUCAUUGUCUUCACCUGCAACUAUACAGAGAUCCCAAAGACCGCUACAAGAAGGGCCAGACCAAGGCGUCUCUCUCGCUGCAGCACUUUCUCGGCUUCGAGUCCGGCUUUACGCUGGACAAGGAGUCCAACACCAUCGCUAUCAUUUGCCAGGACGUCAUAGUGGUACUCGCGUUCGAGACCCGCGAAAGGCUCAUAUCGUGGCAAGUUAAGGUGGGCGGCCAGCUCGGCUCCUCCAGGGAAUACCUGGUGAUGGUGGGCGGCGGAGCGACACGCAAACUGCCCGCGGGGCCCGCCAGGCUACACCUUCAAGGCAGAAGGUUCGCGCUCACCAGCGGGGUACCGCCGCGCCUGCUGGGCCUCUGGGAAAUUGGACAGUUAAGACGAUAUGGAGUGGCAGAGGGCCGAUUUUGCUUUGAAGGCGGCUCCCACUGCGGCAAGGGAGAGGGACUGCAUCUCCUCAUCACAGACCAAGCGCAGGACAUAACAGACGCAUUCGACCAGGCUGCGCAAGGCAACCUGUCACUACAACGCCCUGCUGCGUCCAGAACCGGUGCUGAACGUAGCUGUAAAUCUCGAUCGAACACUUGUCUAUCUGAUCAUAAUGCUGGCGACCAGUCCAUGCCGGAUUCGGCCAGUGGUAUUUACGAGGAAAAUUUUUUUGGUGAAGAUUGCGGAGACCCACCUCAGUCCUGGCCGUCCGAUGAGAGACGCGGUUUGACCGAGCAGGAAUUAAAAACCGAAAUACAAAUAAGUGCCGAGCCACCGUGGACGGGCGCAGAUCACGUUACCUUAGAACGCUGCAACACUUGUAUAUCAAAGCUCGGCGUGAUGACGCGAUCGUCGACGGUAGCGCUCACACCAAAUACAAACUUCAAUCCCGCUUGGACGAUGGAGUCUGUCCCCGAGAGCAAUUCCGACAACUCUUCGCACAGCACCGAAUAUUUGACACCGAAAACUAUAAGAAAAAAUAUAGAAACAUGUCAUUGCCUGGACCAACCACCAAAGCGACCACCGAAACCAGCACAAUUCGAUCAAAAGAGACCGCCGGCGCCUUUACCGAUACAGAGCUGUGGCUGUAACGCCAAUGAUAGUGUCUCCACAAAUAAUAAAGUGGGCCCCUAUGAAAACUAUGAUGUUCCUAAAACUACUCAUGCCGAGAUCGACAAUUCUGAAUAUUACGAUACGCCUAAACGAUUAAAACAAGCCUUAGCAGAAGAUUUAUUCCAAGUCACAAAUAAGUCUUCACCUGGUAACCUUGUUUUAAAGAAAAGGUGCGGUUGUAUUUUAAAAUUUGGUUCAAAGAAGAAACCACUUAUCGUUGAAUGCGAAGAAAACUUACAACCUGUAGAAUGUCCCUGUCAGAAAGUCACUAGCUGGGCGAAUAAUUUAAUUAGUCUUCCAUAUUGUAACAAAAGUUCUAAUACUGAAAGGGUGAGCACAGACGUUGCAGAAAACAAUAGGAUGGAAGACACUGCUAUAUACGCAACUGUAGAUGUAUCGCGUAAAACUAACCGACAAAGUUCGGCAACUGAUAAAGAAUGUUCACAUGACUGUUGCAAUGAACUAGGAUCAGUGAAUUAUCAAAAUAUAGAACCUAAAGACGACAAACAGUUUGAGGGUCCGUACGCAAAUUACGAGAACCUCGAAUUUGCUCUUUCUUUAGAAUUUUAUGAGAACGCGAAAGAUUUAUUGAAAAAAGCAGGAGUUACACAGAGCGAACUAGAUGCAUUAAGUGCUAACAUUGAUCUCGCGGUGACAACACAGCCAAAGAAAUCUCGUGUGUGUAAUAAAUGUGUGCAUAAUCCACAAGUUUUAUCCAAUGAACAAAUGAAAAGAAAUAAAAGUGAUGAAUAUUUAUUAAUGGAACCGCCAAGAGAAGUAAAAUGUGAGAUAGUCAGGGGGACCAAUUCUGGAUACACUCCAAUGUCUCCUAAUCCCAAUUGGUCACAGAGCUUGAAACAUCCUAUACAAAGAUUACAUAGAGCAGAGAUAGAGAAAUCUAUAAGUAUCCCUACUCUGAGCGGUGCCACUGGACAUAAUACACGAGGGCAGAUUACUAACAACAACAAAGAAGCCAUGCAAAAACGAUCUAGUUCUGUGGAUUCAGCUAGAUUACUAGAAGAUUUAAAAGAAUUUGACAGCAGUAUCGGAAGCCACGCGACUUCUUCCUCGUUGGAAACAUUAAGAAACAUGGCUAUCGAUAAUCGAAUAUCUUCGCCCUGCGACAAUGAAAGGGAAUGUUACGACUGUUGUAAAUCCUCUAGCUCGGAAAACAAAACGUCGGAGGAAAACUCCUCAAAAGAAAUCCCGCAUCUACGUAACAAGCACAUGGACAACGCUCAAAUCAAAAGGUCUUCAAGUGUGCCAUGCAAGGGUGGUAACAGGGACUCGUCUAGUUCGAACGACUCCGGCGUGUCCAGUUGUUCACUGAAACACGGUGGAGGAGAAUUCCAAGAGUUUGAAAUGCCCAUGACGUCUGUUCACUCGCGGUAUCAUUACAUGGUUCAUAAGAAAAUGAGAGGCAACCUGACCGGAUGUUUGCAUUCGUCAUUGCCGCGUAAAUCAAAGUCGUCAGACCCUCUCAGGGAUCUCUCGAUACAAGUGCACAAAGCCUCUGUUCCUGCUAAAUCUUCUUCUGCCGAGGCCGAAGUACCUGUUUUACCACCAAAGCAGUUCAAAGGUGUAAUGGACACGCACAGCACGUCAAGUGGCACGUCCGACAUGUCGGACUAUAUCGAAACGCUCUCGCUGACGUCAUCCCAUUCAUCUUCCGAUACCCCGAGCGCUCUGAGAUUAAGCCGUCAGCCGACGAGUACGCUGCGGCCACGCUCCGGCAAGGAGUAUCACAACCGCGACCCCUUCCUCUCCUCCAUGUACAGGACUGGCAAGGACCUCACCAACUACACAAACCUUCAGUGAACGAGCU